CUGUACCCUUCUCCUCCCUGUCAGCAGCGAGACUCCUCUAGUAGUUCAGGAAGUCGCCAUAUUAGAGCCAGCAGCAGUACCCUCCUCCUCCUCCCUGUAAGCAGCGACCCGCCAUAUUGGAGCCAGUGGCCGUACCCUUCUCCUCCCUGUCAGCAGCGAGCCGCCAUAUUGGAGCCAGCGGCCGUACCCACCUACUCCCUGUCAGCAGCGAGCCUCCUCUAGUAGCUCUAGGAAACCCAGAGAGUGAGACGUGGGCUGCUCCCUUCGCCCUGUUCGGCUUAACAGCAACACAAUACAUUCCGCACCAUGGCUGCCACGGACGUUGACAUAUUCUCAAAUGAGGAGAAGCGCAACCUCAACCUGGGGGGCCAUGUUGGGUUCGACAGCCUGCCCGACCAGCUGGUCAGUAAAUCGGUCACACAGGGUUUCUGCUUCAACAUCCUGUGCGUAGGCGAGACGGGCAUCGGCAAGUCCACGCUGAUGAACACGCUGUUCAACACCAUGUUCGAGAACGAGGAGGCCAGCCACUACCAGAACAGCGUCUACCUCCGGCCGCGAACCUACGACCUGCAGGAGAGCAACGUGCACCUCAAGCUCACCAUUGUAGACACGGUGGGCUUCGGUGACCAGAUCAACAAAGAGGACAGCUACAAGCCCAUCGUGGACUACAUCGACACCCAGUUCGAGAACUACCUGCAGGAGGAGCUGAAGAUCAAGCGAUCGCUCUUCAACUACCACGACACGCGCAUCCACAUCUGCCUGUACUUCAUCGCCCCCACGGGCCACUCCCUCAAGUCCCUGGACCUGGUCACCAUGAAGAAGCUGGACAGCAAGGUCAACAUCAUCCCCAUCAUCGCCAAGGCGGACACCAUCUCCAAAAGCGAGCUCCACAAGUUCAAGAUCAAGAUCAUGAGCGAGCUGGUGAGCAACGGGGUGCAGAUCUACCAGUUCCCCACGGACGACGAGGCCGUCACCGAGAUCAACGCCUCCAUGAACGCCCAUCUUCCCUUCGCCGUGGUGGGCAGCGUGGACGAGGUGAAGGUGGGGAACAAGACGGUGCGGGCCAGACAGUACCCCUGGGGCGUGGUGCAAGUGGAGAACGAGAGCCACUGUGACUUCGUGAAGCUGCGGGAGAUGCUGAUCCGGGUGAACAUGGAGGACCUGCGGGAGCAGACGCACGCCCGCCACUACGAGCUGUACCGCCGCUGCAAGCUGGAGGAGAUGGGCUUCAAGGACACGGACCCCGACUGCCAGCCCUUCAGCCUCCAGGAGACGUACGAGGCCAAGAGAAAGGAGUUCCUGGGUGACCUGCAGCACAAGGAGGAGGGCAUGAGGCAGAUGUUCGUCAGCAAGGUCAAGGAGACGGAGGCGGAGCUGAAGGAGAAGGAGCGCGAGCUACACGACAAGUUUGAGCAGCUGAAGCGGCUGCAUCAGGAGGAGAAGAGGAAGGUGGAGGAGAAGAGGAGAGACCUGGAGGAGGAGAUGAACGCCCACAACAGGAAGAAGGUGGCGGCGGAGACGCUGGCCCUCGCCCAGCCGCUGAAGAAAGACAAGGACCGGAGGAAGCCGCUGAACACAGAGAACCAGUCCGGAGUGAGCGCCUCCAACUCCAAGGUGAUGAUGGCCAAGGCCAGCGUGGAGCCCUUGAACUGCCACAGCUGGUGGCACGCCAUACAGUGCUGCACCUGCCUGGUCCACAACGCCACCUGGAAGCCCGGGGGUCUCUUCUGAUGCGGACCCCGACCCGGGUCAAUGGACAGGACGAACUGGGGGUGUUCGGCGACCAGCAGGGCGUGGAACUGAAGGGCGAGGUAGAGAGCGAGAAAGAGAGAGCGAGCAGUGAAUACAUGUUAGACUGAGACAACAAAGAGAGACCAAAGUAUCUAAGAGUUCACAUCGUCCCCAUCGUCGACCAGUCAUCCAUUACCCACAAAACCUUCCCUUUGAUUUCUAUGUUUGCCACUUUCGUGAGACAAAUCUCAAUAAGGCUUAAACGCAGUAGUAUUGAAAAGUUCUGCUUUGACCUCGUAUUGGUAGCCCCUAUUCUGCAGCCCUUCUUCCAGUCCUCCCCGGGGUCUGACCUCAGAGACGAUGCAUGGCAGCCAGGCGCGAGGACUGGACCCCGUAUAGCUCGACAAGCCGUCAGGAGUCAUUUUCACACCCAACAUUAAAUAGGUUUCCUGCCGUUUCUCUCGCAUGGGCAAAUUACAUCCAUUAAGUACUAUACGAUUGGUUUGUACGUAGAGCAGGUUUAUAUGUAGAUCAAUAUCUUACCAUAACUUUUGUACAAAAAUGGUCUGUCUUGGUGUUAAGUACGUCUCAAUGUAAGUGGUAUGAGGCGAGUCUGACCGGUGGAUGUGAGAUGACUAUUCAGUAAUACUCUUUUGAACGGCCCCUCCUCAGAGGUUAGGUGUAAGCUGAAUUGAUGUACGUGCAGUGAAUAUAAUUGUUUGCUGUAAUGUAAUCGUGACAUCAAAGGCAACUAAAUGUUAUAUGGAUACGUUGACAUUUUUAAUUUUUCGUGAGCCUUGUUAGAUCAAGGCGCAUCGAGGAUUGACAGAAAGAGGAGGCCAGUAUUAUGGUCAUUUGAAUCCAGAAACCAUGGUCACGAUCCGGUUAAUAGCCUUAAGCAGACCAUGAACAGAAAGAGUCCUGCAAAAGGACUUGGCGGGCUAUGUCUCUGGUGGAAGUAGCAAUGGGACCCAUAUGGUCGAUUUGAUAUCAUAUGUACUUGGUUUCAGCCCAUUCAUUCACUAUGGCUUUCCCUGUUGUAAAAAUGUAACAAAUUAAUCCAGAUUAUUCUGGAAGGCAGAUACAACAGAUUUGAUGAAAUGUGGGUUACACUUUUACCCUUUUACAAAAAUCUAUUAUAAAAGUGACCCUGAUCUGCGUGCCAGUCUCAGAUGGUCGGGUAUUAGACCUUCCCUUAUUUUUUCAAAUAAUUGAUUCCUCCCUUCUAAAACAAUCCAGAUUGCGUCGUGAAGUGAGUGGGAAAUGCAUGGGUCAACGUGUUUGAUUCAUUUCAAAUCGGUGUACCAUUGUGGAUUUAGGGUGACAAAUAUUGGUUUUAUGGAUUGCUGUUUUGAAAGACAACAUAAAAUAUGACUAUUUAUAUACAUGGUAAUGCAAAGAAGUAAUUUUUCCAGAGGCAAUGUAAUGAGUAUUUACAAUAGUCAAGAAGCACUAUUUAAAUAAAUAUGCUUAUAAAUGUACCUUUA